UAUAUUAAUCUUCUUGUAAAUAAAACAAUAUUAAGAAACCUUAUUCUCAAAUGGUUUUUUUAGAUUAAUAAAAAAAACUUAAAAUAUGAUUCAAAAUUUAAAAUUAAGUCUUGCUCAUUAACGAUAAACUACUUUCAGUAACAUGUUAAACAUUGCAGAUAACUUUUCGGCCAGUUGUGUACAAUAUAGUGCUUUUAUUUAUUAAUUUAUUUAUUUCAUUUUAUUCAAACAAUUAACAAAACCCUGCCCUAAAACAGGCACAUAAAUAUACACCUCGAUAGUUCCUCCGAGAGCCGUUGCUAGGCGCCGUGUCUCCGAUAACACGUCGCUCCUUGUCCUGAUCUGAUUGGAUGAAUCGGGGUCCAAGACCGGAAGCGACGCGAUUUUCAGCUUGUGCAGGAUACGGUACAACACGUACACCAGUGACGUAGAUCUCGGUAGAACUUUUACUUUCAAUUCAGUAGUGUGAGAUUCUGCGCAACUGUUGGUUUGUGGAUGGUUGUGCAGAUGUCACGCGCGUAACCCAGAUUAAUGCAACAUUGAAGUCAUCAUGGAUCCAAUGGUUAUUGAAGUGCAUGGAGUUCCGUGCAUUCCUCCUCAUGACCGGAUGGUUGAUCAGUUAAAGAUACAUUUCCUGAAACGGAGGAAUAGUGGUGGAGAUGUUUUAACAGUGAUUUAUCCAACUUCUACUCCAGGCCAGGCUUAUGUCGUUUUUGAAUCAGCUAAAGUUCCUGGAGUCUUGGAGUGUACUCAUAUUUUAGACGUAGACAACAGAUUUUAUCCAAUACAUGUAAAGAAAGCUCAUUCGUCUGAGGUGGACAUGCAAUGUGAGACCACACUGGACUUGAGUAUGUUCCCAAAGCCAGAAUCUGUCUUGAAGCUCCUUAAUCAUUAUGACUUUAAUGUAACAGAACCUAUCCCAGGUCACCUCCAGUUGAAGGGCUCCUUCUUGAAACUAAAGCUCAUACGCAAUGAACUCGUACAUCUUCGGGGUCAUGAACAUCAGUCCCAUAGUAGAUCUCCAUCAGCUCUUCAGAACGGCUCUACUUUGGGGUACGACAUGGAGCAUAAUAGUUUGGAUCCCAGACUUGUUUCCAAGUCCACAUCGAGGAAUAUGGAUAAAACGGAUGCUGUUAGUAGGAAUCAGUUACUUGAUAGUGCACCAUCAUUAUCUUCAUAUAGAGAUUCAGUAUCUGGUGGAUACCCCAGGCAUCUUCAAAGCAGUCAUUCAUCCUACACUGAAAGAAAUGCAAGCAGUCCAGUGGGUGCUGUUGUUCAAACAUAUCGGGGGCAGGACAGCGAUGAAUUGCUUGCUCAUAGACGGAGCCCCCUUGCUGAUGGUGCAUCAUUAUUAUCAGCAAAUUCUCCAUCUAGUCUCACCCUGCUACACCACACAUCUCCAUUAUGUAGAGAUUCAGCCUCAGGUGGAUCCCCCAGGAGUCUUCACAGCAGUUACUACUCCUCUAUUGAAAGUUGUAGCAAUACAGUGGAUACCAUGCAACACCACACAUCUUAUAGAGAUUCAGCCUCAGGUGGAUCUCUUAGGAAGCGUCCAAGCCUCAAUGAAGAUACUUGGGCCGGCUCCUCUCACAGUAGUCCCGCAUCCUCCAGUGGAGGAAUGGCAAGCUUUCCAGUGGACAGAGAUACCAUAAACUUUAUACUCACCCAACGACAGGAUGUUGUUAAGGUGAUCGAGAAGGACUGCGGCACUGAGAUGGGGUUAAAAGACAAUCCUGGGUUUACAAUGGUCACAUUUUCAGGAAAGAACAGUGAGAAAGCUAAAGCAUGUCUUUUGGAAUUUAUUAAUGAGAUCAGGCCGUCAUUGCGCAUGCAAGAAAUACAUCUGAAGAAAUAUGACCAUGCUCAACAAAAGCGGAUCCUUGAGAGAAUCCAACGUAAUAAAGACUCGGGUGUUACGAUCACACACAGUGAUGAUGUUGUAAAGCUGGUGGGAUCCUCAGGAGGAAGCUUUGAGAUGAUGCAAAAGAUACUGGGACACAGUGAUGACCCUCAUAGAGGAAGGGCCAUGGAGAGGAGCUCAAAAUCCAGGAGAAGCCACUCUGUACCCAGACAGUAUAAGCUGGCUGACAAUGCACAUUUUACAGGUCAUGAAAAUCUGGCAAGUGCUGAAAACAAAUACUCUCCUUCACAUUAUCAAGAGGAAUCAGAUGAAGGAAAAGCCCUGCAGUUUGUUCGAGGCCCUGAACAGACUCCAGACAAGAAUUCCCAACGGACACGCAGCAAUUCAGCAUCUCAAGAUAGAAACAGGGCAAUCAGGGAGCAGGCGAUGCAUCAAGAUGUGGAGUUAGUGUCAUCAACUCAAGAAAAGAAGUCCCCAAAAAAGUACGCCAUUGGCCUCCUAAAACGAUUUGAUCCUAAUGCUAAAAAUAUUGAUUUUAGAAAGGGUCUACAAAAAACAAGUAAAUCUAAACCCAAAAACACUGGCUAAAUUGCUGUUUGCCAAUUAUAUUUGCUGCUAUAUAGAAAGUCAGCAAGAUUUAUUUCUCUAAUCUUCAGAUAUACAGUGUUCGUGUGUAUUAUAGGUGAUAUUUUUUAAAUCAAGAUAUUUGUAAUGUUAAACAGUAAAUAAAUUACAUUACAUGAUUUUGAACAAUAUAUCUUGCAAUCACUAAUCAGCACUGAUUUAUUCUUUCUGGAAUAAAAAAAAUGUAAAGUCACAUAAAAGUAUCAGCUCUUAUUUUCCUGGGUGUAAACUUGUGACUCAUUUGCUGUAACUGUUGGUCUGUGUGCCGCAUUUAAAGAUUGUGUAAUACUUCUGACACCAUGAAUCCUCUCUAGUUCCCUUAACACUGGAUUCGCGUAAUCCUCUCAGUAGAACUUCCAAAACUUCUCUGAACAGUAGCGAAACAUCUUUAACCCUAUAAAGCCUGACAAAUGAAAAACAUUCUCAUUUUCAAAAAAAAAAAAAAUUCUCAUGUUCUCAUUUUGCAAACUUGAUGUUUUUGUUGUAUGAUAUUUGGUCAGGUCUUUGGGUUUGUAAUUUUUUGUCUUUUAAAAUUUUCCUUUUAAAAUUUCUUUUAAAAAUUGUCUUUUUAACUUUCUUAUUUUUUUCUCCCAGAAUUUUAACCAUUCUGUUUCUCUUUACAGCAUUAUUAGUUUGACGCAAAGUAUUGAAAUUACUACAGCAAGUUUUAUAGUUUCAUAUCAGAAUGAACCUGUUUGCCAUCUAAAAAUACAAAAUAAUAAAUAACACUUAAUGGUCUAAUACUAUUAUUUUUAAUUAUAAAAUAAUGAAUGUUUUGUUUACUAUGCGUCUUUAAACAAAAGUAAACAAAAAUGUUUAAAAAACAUUUCUAUGCAAUCCAUGGGAAAUGAUGUGAUAUACUUUAAGCCUGCAGUAUCAUAUCUGAUGCACAUUAUUAUGCAGAAUUAUUUGUGAAAUAAAAUUUAAAGAUUGUUAACAAUAGCCUUAGUCAAUAAACAUUUAUUUAUAAAAA